CCGUCCCAGCCAUCAUCACUCUGGCUCUCCUCUGGCUCUCCUCUGGCUCUCCUCUGGCUCUCCUCUGGCGCUCUCUCUCCGUCGUCUUUCCCUGGCUGGUUCACCAAAGCGGACGGCGCAGGCGGCUUCUGCUGCCCGCCUCUUCCGCGGCUUAUCUUCUGCUUCUCCUCCUCCUCCUGCUUCUUGCUGCUGCUUCGGUCUCUCUACCUCACCUUCGCCAUCACCUUCGGCUCUCCUGCUUGCACCUCUCUCCCCCUCCGUCUCUCUCUCGCACGCGUUGCUCGCGUUGCUCUUGUUGUCGGCUUGCCUUCACGCGUUGCUGUGGUGCUUCAAUUGGACGCCGUCCAGCCAUUCAACUUCAUUCUAUGCCAGCAGAAAUACCCGGACAAUAUACUGACGAGCGCAUUGAUAGUAUCCUUAUCUUCUGCUAGCUAUAGAUCAAGUCGUCGGACUGGUGGUUCCCCAGUAGCGCAAGUCUCGAUUCGUAUGUUAUUCAUCCAGGGACCUUGUCUUUUACAUGGCUUUGGCUUGACUGACAUGGCUCGCAGUGUUGCAUACAGAGUACCUUACUCUACCUUUAUAAUGGCUGCUAUCAUAUCUCUCAGGGAUGUACACGCCGCAUCUCACCAGCUAACCAAGCGAAAGAACUGGGCAGCCAGAGAACCCGGGGUUGUCCUGGUUUCUGCAUCAUCUUCGUUAUCGCAGUCGGCGUGCUGUCCACAUACCUCUACCGCAGGAUGCAACGCCGUAAAGCUGCUGCUGGCACAGCCUAGGGUCUAG